AUGGAAAUAGCGGCUAAGAGGCCUCGCAUCGAGGGCCAAGACAGGAAAUCGGAAGGAGCGGAGGGUCCCACACCUUCAACUAGAACGUUACCUGAAGUUUCUAAGAAAGACGAGGCUGCUGCCGCGGUAGCAGAGUCGGUCUACAUUGCUGGGCGAUACUUAAAGUUCUCCCGCGCGCUGAGCCAGUCCCCAUGGACGGUGGAUGAUGAGCAGAUGGGAGAUGGCUCUGUCCAGGAUCUAAUAGCAUCCCACCUGCUGCCUCUCCUCCAACCACUCUCGCACAAGUUCCAAGCCGCUGGGCGUGAGGACAUUGAUGUGCGCAUGCUGGGUUCAGGGCGACCGUUUCUUCUGGAGCUCAAAGGGGCGAGGCGAGUGCCUAUGGCUGAGGAGCUAGGGAGGAUAGAGCUGGAGAUAAACGAGCAGGAGAGGGGCAAGGUGGGCGUGUGUCAGCUACAGUUGGCAGAUUCACGUGUGUGCGCGUUGAUGCGGCAGGGGGAGGCGGAGAAGCAGAAAUCCUACGUGGCAGUGGUGUGGAUCUCUCGACCAAUCACACAAGCUGACGUGACGAAACUGGAGAGCAUAAAAGACCUGGUAGCAGGAGCUGCAGCAAAAGACCCCCAUACGAGUGUUACACAGACGAAGCCCUCUCACUCGCCCUCGAACCAUCUACAGGUGAUAGAGCAGUGCAGAAUGCGCAUGAUUCCUCCCAUCACUCACCUUCUCUCCCUUCACCACAGCAGUUUGUGGUGCCAUUUAUUUCACUUUCCCCACCCGCCUUCCUUCCCUGCCUAA